CGGGGCUUCUACCGCAUGCCAUGUUUACGAAGAACGUAGAUACGCGAGCUUGAGCUGGCGAGACGUAAAAUUUGUCCAUAUUUAGUAAGCAUAAUAGAAAGUGAAGGAGCCCUUUGGUACUCAUUUUAUGUCUGUGAUCUAAAAUAAAGCAAUGAUGGAUCAUCACGAGGAGCAAGUGAACGAAAUCGAGGCAUUGGAUUCAAUUUACUGCGGCGACUUUGAGAUUAUCUCCGUGCAGCCUUACCACGAAUUUGCCAUCCCUGUGCGAGCCGACAGCGACGACGAAGUGUGUUUGUCAUGCACUUUAAAAUUUACCUACACCCCAAAAUACCCUGAUGAGGUGCCGCAGAUUGAGGUGCAGGACGCGGAAAAUUUUGAGGAGACUGACAGAUUAGCAGAACAUCUAAAAGAGACCGCUCAAGAAAAUUUGGGAAUGGUUAUGGUAUUUACUCUGGUAUCUGCCGCACAAGAAUGGCUGAAUCAGCUUGGCGACGAGCUUAAAGAUAAAAAAGAAGAGAUGGUGCGGUUAAAAGUCGAAGCCGAAGAAGAAGCGGAAAGAAAACGAUUCGAGGGCACACGGGUGACGGUGGAGUCGUUUAUGAAGUGGAAGAAGGCGUUUGAUGAGGAGAUGUCCGUGUUUAAAAAGAAGGUCAAGGAAGACAAAGACUCAAAGAAGUUGACUGGCAAAGAACUCUUUCUCCUGGAUAAAUCCCUCAAUGAAUCUGACCUCAAAUUCCUUGAAGAAGGAGAUGAUUUCAAAGUGGACGAGACUUUGUUUGAGGACAUGGAUGAGCUCGACCUGGACGAGAUGGAUGAAGAGGAUGACAGCUAGUCCCCCUCCUUUUUCACGUUAAUUUGUAAUUAUCCAAUUGUACAAUAAAAAGGUCCCCUCUCACUACCGA